GGGAAGUGAUAAGUGAUGAGCAUGGCAUUGACCCAGCCGGAGGCUAUGUCGGUGACUCAGCGCUGCAGCUGGAAAGGAUCAAUGUCUACUAUAAUGAAUCAUCGUCCCAGAAAUUUGUACCAAGGGCAGUCUUAGUGGACUUGGAGCCGGGAACCAUGGAUAGUGUGCGGUCUGGUCCUUUUGGUCAGCUCUUUCGGCCUGAUAAUUUCAUCUUUGGACAAACUGGUGCAGGAAACAACUGGGCUAAAGGACACUAUACAGAAGGGGCAGAGUUGGUUGAUUCUGUACUUGAUGUAGUAAGAAAAGAGUGCGAACACUGUGAUUGCUUGCAAGGAUUUCAGCUCACUCAUUCUCUGGGAGGAGGGACAGGGUCUGGCAUGGGAACCCUACUCAUCAGCAAGAUACGAGAGGAAUAUCCUGACAGGAUAAUGAAUACCUUUAGUGUCAUGCCCUCUCCAAAGGUUUCUGAUACAGUGGUGGAGCCUUAUAAUGCUACACUCUCAGUCCACCAGCUGGUUGAAAAUACAGAUGAAACCUACUGUAUUGACAAUGAAGCUUUGUAUGACAUUUGCUUCCGCACCCUGAAGCUCACCACUCCAACAUACGGCGAUUUAAACCACUUGGUUUCUGCUACCAUGAGCGGGGUAACUACAUCCCUGCGUUUUCCAGGCCAACUAAAUGCUGACCUCCGGAAGCUGGCAGUAAAUAUGGUCCCUUUCCCACGCCUUCACUUUUUCAUGCCAGGCUUCGCUCCUUUGACAGCCCGAGGCAGCCAACAGUACCGAGCACUCACUGUUCCAGAGCUCACCCAGCAGAUGUUUGAUGCCAAAAAUAUGAUGGCAGCCUGUGACCCAAGACAUGGGCGGUAUUUGACAGUGGCUACUGUCUUCCGUGGUCCCAUGUCCAUGAAGGAGGUUGAUGAGCAAAUGUUGGCCAUCCAGAACAAGAACAGCAGUUACUUUGUGGAGUGGAUCCCAAACAAUGUCAAGGUGGCAGUGUGCGACAUUCCUCCUCGUGGCCUCAAGAUGGCUUCCACGUUCAUUGGCAACAGUACUGCUAUUCAAGAGCUCUUCAAAAGGAUCUCAGAGCAGUUUUCGGCCAUGUUCAGGAGAAAGGCUUUCCUCCACUGGUUUACAGGAGAAGGAAUGGAUGAAAUGGAAUUUACAGAAGCAGAAAGCAACAUGAAUGAUCUAGUUUCAGAGUAUCAGCAAUACCAAGAAGCAACAGCAAAUGAUGGAGAGGAAGCGUUUGAAGAUGAUGAAGAAGAAAUUAAUGAAUAAAGAAAUCAGGUGCACUAUUUUCCAGGCCAAAUUCUCAAAUCUGGAUUUCUAAUAAUUGGGCUUAUUAAACAGUAUUUAGGCUUCAAAAAAGAAAAAAAGGAGCACGAGUCUCAGAUAUUAGAGAUGCUCUUCAGAGUCCAUUGAGAUCACUGAGAACUGAGGACAUUCAGCAUUUCUGGAAAUCAGGCCAUUUCUAUUCAUAAGAUAAAUGUAAGGCAUUCAGUUAAGACUUUGGCCUUAGAGUCUGAACACAGAGAUUGCUAGUUCGGGAUUUUUUUUUUCACAAAGUUUGUUGUCCCUAAAGUUGUACAAGAGCAGGCAUAAAAUAGGCAUGAAAAUCUACAAAAAAGAGCUGCACUAUUUUCAUCCAAUUAUGAGUAAGAAAAUCUUGUGGGUUAGAAGUAUUCGUUCUGUACCAAAUGUACACUACCAAACUGCCAGGAACAAAAUUUAUUCAUAAUAAAAAGAAGAAAAAGUUUUUAGCUGUUCUGUACAGUAACUGUUAACAGUGAUGGUUGACUGCAGUCCUCUAAAAACAAAAUAAAAAAGAUUAGUAUCC